AUGAGGGGCCAGAACUUCUUCAGGAGGCUCACGAGCUAUCUACGUCUGCUCGUGUAUGCGAACCCCAAACCGACAGACCUAUGCCUCCUGGUCAUUGGUUUCAUCGCUGCAAUCGCAUCCGGCGUGCCUUUCCCAGUUCUUGGCAUCCUCUUUGGCGAGCUCAUUGACGAUAUCAACUCUGCAUCCUGCGCCGUCGACGCAGCGGAAGAUCCAUCGUAUCAGCAUUCAGUCAAUGACAAGGUGCUCACUGUGACGUACAUCGGCAUCGGCCAGCUCUUCCUCAUUUACAUCUACAUCCUCUGCUGGAACCUGUCCGGUGAACGACUCGCUCAGCGGCUCCGAGAACGAUACUUCAAGAGCCUUCUACGUCAGGAGCCAGCCUUCUUCGAUGACCUCCCAGCGGGGGAAGUCUCGUCGCGACUCAACAAUGACAUUGCCACCAUCCAGUCAGGCACCUCCGAGAAGGUCGGUAUUGUCCUCAACGCUAUAUCCUUCUUCAUUACCGCCUACACCAUCGCCUUCAUCAAAGACGCAAAGCUCGGUGGUAUGCUCGUCUCGCUCGCUCCAGCGUUUCUGGCCAUGACUCUGGUUGGAAGCCAUUAUGUUGGCAAGUACACCGCUGCCAUGGCCGACUAUGUCUCCUCGGCGUCUUCCAUAGCCUCAGAGGCUCUCUCGAAUAUCCUCGUCGUGCAUGCCUUCAAUGCCAACGCUCGGCUCGACUCACGCUUUUCGGAGAAACUGGUCCGUGCGAAGGCGUCCGGUGUGAAGAAAGCAGUCGCUACAUCGAUCCAGGCCGGCGUCCUGUACUUCGUUGCCUACGCCGCGAACGCCUUGGCAUUCUGGCAGGGCUCUAGGACGAUUGCCAAUGCUGUCGCUGCUGGAGAUGCCAGAUCAACCGUCGGCACGACCUAUACAGUCAUCUUCAUUCUCAUCGACGCAACAUUGAUCCUGAGCUCCGUAGCACCAUUCAUCCAGAUUUUCGGCGCUGCUCAGGCCGGCUUCCAGAAGCUCGAAGUGCAUAUGAAUCACAAGUCCAAGAUCGACGGCACUGUCGAGAGCGACGGAAAGGCGCUUCCGAGCGUCGUUGGAGACGUUGAGCUACGCGACGUCUCCUUUGUCUACCCCUCUCGACCUGAAAAGCCGGUGUUGCAGAACGUCUCCCUCCAUUGCCCAGCGGGCAAGCAAACCGCCAUCGUUGGCCUUUCCGGCAGCGGCAAAUCUACCAUUGCUGCGCUAGUCAGCCGGCUGUAUGACCCCGUCGAAGGUCAGAUUCUGCUAGAUGGUCAAGACAUUCGAGAGAUGAACGUCAGAUCUCUCCGAAGCAAUUUCAGUCUCGUCCAGCAAGAUCCUUCGUUGCUUGACAGAUCGAUCCUCGAGAAUAUCGCGCACGGGCUGGUCAAUUCGCGCAAGUAUACUCAUCUGCGGGAGACCUUGCUCGGCUCGGCGCUUUCUGAAGUUGCGGCCGCGGUUCGAAACGGGGCCGAGCUGGAAACGGCGGCUCAAUUGCACGGUAGCGAUACGAGGGAGAUCGUGGAGCUGGUCAAGAGUGCAGCAUCGCUUGCUGAUGCCAGCGGCUUUAUCGCCAGCCUGAAGGACACCUACGGCACUCUCACAGGCACCAAAGGCACUCUGAUCAGUGGUGGGCAGAAGCAGCGGAUCUCUAUCGCCCGUGCGCUGGUCAAGGACCCAGAAGUCCUCAUCCUUGAUGAGGCUACGGCUUCACUGGACUCAGCAAGUGAGCAGAGGAUACAGCGGGCUCUGGACAAGGCCGCGGUGGGCAGAACCGUCAUCACGAUCGCGCAUCGACUAGCAACGAUCAGGAAUGCCGACAACAUCGUCGUGAUGAGAGAUGGCCAGAUCGUCGAGCAGGGACGCCAUGAGGGGCUCAUCGCUGAAGACGGUGCAUACGCGGACUUGGUCCGACUGCAGAACCUCAACAAGCAGAGUUCCGGCGUACAUACGCCCAUCAGUUCUCUCAGCUCCACUCCCUCAGAGGAGAACAUGAAGCUGGAUUUCGAAAAAGACGAGCUCGCCAUGACGGAGAAGAAAAUCGGCGCGGGAGAGCCUGAUGCCGCCAAAGAAUCCCUCGCCACCGCACAGGAUAAGGGCAACCUGCAACGAAAGCGAUCGCUCUGGUCAAUCGUGAGAAAUAUCAGCCCUCUGUUUCGCCGCCACCUACUUGUGCUGCUCGCCGCUUUUGCAGCGGCCAUCAUUGUCGGCAGUACAUAUUCCGCCUCCGCCCUCAUCUUUGGCAACACAGUGGGUGCGCUCAGUCCAUGUGAGGAGCCCAGCAGCAUCCGAUCUGCCGGCCGAUUCUUCGGCCUGAUGUUCUUUGUGCUCGCCAUCGUCGAGUUCUUCGCCAACAUCGCGAGCUGGACGGGCUUUGGCUGGGUCGCGGAGCGCGUCUUAUACAAGGUCCGCAUGCUCAUGUUCCGCGCGCUGUUGGAGCAGGACUUGCACUGGCAUCAGGCAGAGGGACGGAGCCCGUCCAUGCUUCUCACGUACAUCACGAAAGAUGCCGCCUCGUUGGGAGGGCUGACGGGCUCGAUAGUCGGCACGAUCCUGUCGAUUCUGGUCAAUCUGGUCGUCGCCAUCAUCUUGACGCACGUCAUCGCCUGGAAGAUUGCAUUGGUGUGCCUGGCGGGCGUGCCUAUCAUCCUUGGCUUUGGCUAUAUGCAGCUUGUUGUGCUUGCGCGCUUCGAGGCUCGGCAUCAGGAGGCGUUCGCGAAAUCUGUCAGCAUCACGGUCGAGGCUGUUCAGCAGAUCAAAACAGUCGCUGUACAUGGAUUGGAGGAUGACUCGGUCAGAACUUAUCGCCGCUCACUCAAGGGUCCCAUUCGAGAGACCACGCGCAGAAGUGCAUAUGCCAAUAUGUGGCUGGCGUUGGCAUACGGCUUUCCUACCUUUAUCUACGCACUCGCUUACUGGUGGGGCACCAAGCAGAUCAUUGCGGGUGAGUACAGUCAAGUGCAGUUCUUCAUCGUGGUGCUGGCGCUCUUGAUGAGCUCACAGUUGUGGGGUCAGAUGUUCGCGCUUGCACCCGACAUCUCGAGGGCCAGAGAUGCCAUCGGCAGGAUCUUGAAUCUUCUCGACCUGGGCUCGGCGAAGAAGCUAUCGGGGGACCUCGAACCACUCACCGUACAGGAGUCAGGCCACGACCUUGAGAAAGCACCACACUUGGAUGUACAGGUUGGCGCGGUCAACAGAGGGGUUAGCAUUAGCUUCAAGGAGGUGAGAUUCGCGUAUCCGGCAAGACCUGAAGUCGAAGUUUUGCACGGGUUGACUAUUGAUGUCAGACCCGGUCAGUUUUGUGCAUUAGUGGGCCCGAGUGGUGCGGGCAAGUCGACAACAAUUGCGCUGCUGGAGAGGAUGUACCGGCCCAGUGCAGGAAGCAUACAAAUUGACGGCUUCGACAUAUCGAACCGCGAAGGUGUCGGCUUUCGGAACGACAUUGCCCUCGUACCACAAGACAGCGUACUGUUUGAUGGCACCAUUCGCUUCAAUGUAUCGCUUGGCGCAAGACCGGGCCAAGAGGUGACUGACGCUGAGAUUGAGCAUGCCUGUCGGCUUGCCAAUAUCCACGAGACGAUUGUGGGCAUGCCGGAUGGGUACGACACUGAUGUUGGACACGGCGGCAGCCAACUAUCCGGCGGACAGAAACAGCGGCUAGCAAUCGCCCGCGCCCUGGUCAGAAAGCCACGGCUCUUGCUGCUUGAUGAGUCGACUAGUGCGCUAGAUGCGGAGUCCGAGCGGCUGCUGCAAGAAGGGCUGGAGAAGGUUGCCAAAGGCACCACCGUCAUUGCGAUUGCUCACCGACUGCACACGAUCAGCAAAGCGGAUGUGAUAUUCUUGAUUGAGGACGGCAGAUGUGUGAGCAGGGGCACCCAUGAGGAGCUGAUUGCAUCGAGCGAGAGCUAUCGGCUGAACGUCGUGCAUCAGGCUGUGGACGCAUGA